GUUAAACGUUUUAUCUGGUUUCCUUCUUCUUUCUGUUGGGAGUAAACAACAAAAAGCUGCAGCAAUGAGCAGGGAUGCGGACAUGGAGAUUUUUGGGGUGGCUGCCCCUUUCUUACGCAAAUCUGAGAAAGAGCGAAUAGAGGCUCAGAACCAACCCUUCGAUGCCAAGACUUACUGUUACGUGGCUGAUACCAAGGAAGAAUACGCUAAAGGAAAAAUCAAGAGCUCCGAAGGUGUAAAAGUAACAGUGGAGACAGAUGAUGGCAGGACACUGACUGUUAAGCAAGAAGAUGUGUAUGCCAUGAACCCACCUAAGUUUGAUAGAAUUGAAGACAUGGCAAUGUUGACACACUUACAUGAACCUGCAGUUUUGUAUAACCUCAAAGACCGUUACAGCUCCUGGAUGAUCUAUACUUACUCAGGCCUCUUCUGUGUCACUGUGAAUCCAUACAAAUGGCUUCCUGUGUACAAUCCAGAGGUGGUGGUUGCCUACCGGGGCAAGAAACGAUCAGAGGCACCUCCUCACAUCUUCUCCAUCUCUGAUAAUGCUUAUCAGUUCAUGCUGACUGAUCGUGAAAAUCAGUCUAUCCUGAUCACUGGAGAAUCUGGUGCUGGGAAGACUGUAAACACCAAGCGUGUCAUCCAGUAUUUUGCAACAAUUGCAGCUACUGGAGAUGGUGCCAAGAAAAAGGAAGGACAAUCUAAGAUGAAGGGAACACUGGAGGAUCAAAUCAUCAGUGCCAAUCCCCUACUGGAGGCCUUUGGGAAUGCCAAGACUGUGAGGAAUGACAACUCAUCCCGCUUUGGGAAAUUCAUUCGGAUUCAUUUUGGUGCCACUGGAAAGCUGGCUUCGGCAGAUAUUGAGACCUAUCUACUGGAAAAAUCCAGAGUAACUUUUCAGUUGAAGGCUGAGAGAAGUUAUCAUAUCUUCUAUCAGAUUCUGUCCAACAAGAAGCCAGAACUGAUUGAAAUGCUUCUCCUCACAACCAACCCUUAUGACUAUCCAUUUAUAAGCCAAGGGGAGAUCUCAGUGCAAAGCAUUGAUGAUCAAGAGGAGCUUAUAGCUACUGAUACAGCUAUAGAUAUCCUGGGCUUUACUUCUGAAGAGAAAGUUGCAAUCUACAAACUGACUGGAGCAGUGAUGCAUUAUGGGAAUAUGAAGUUCAAGGAGAAACCACGAGAGGAACAGGCAGAGCCAGAUGGCACUGAAGAGGCUGACAAGGCAGCUUACUUGAUGGGUUUAAACUCUGCAGAUCUAUUGAAAUGCCUGUGCUUCCCUCGAGUAAAAGUGGGGAAUGAAUAUGUGACUAAAGGUCAAACUGUAGACCAGGUCCAUCAUGCUGUCAAUGCCCUCUCCAAAUCUGUCUAUGAAAAACUGUUCUUCUGGAUGGUAGCUCGCAUCAAUCAACAACUUGAUACAAAAUUGCCCAGACAACACUUCAUUGGCGUCUUAGACAUCGCAGGCUUUGAAAUCUUUGAGUACAACAGCUUGGAGCAGCUCUGUAUCAACUUCACCAAUGAGAAACUGCAACAGUUUUUCAACCACCACAUGUUUGUGCUGGAACAAGAGGAGUACAAGAAAGAAGGAAUUGAAUGGACUUUCAUAGACUUUGGCAUGGAUUUGGCUGCUUGCAUUGAACUUAUUGAGAAGCCCAUGGGCAUUUUCUCCAUCCUGGAAGAAGAGUGCAUGUUCCCCAAGGCAACAGACCAAUCUUUCAAGAACAAGCUCUAUGAUCAGCAUCUUGGCAAAUCUGCCAAUUUCCAGAAACCCAAGCCUGUCAAAGGCAAGGCUGAAGCUCACUUCUCCCUGGUGCAUUAUGCAGGGGUUGUGGACUACAACAUCAGUGGCUGGCUGGAGAAGAACAAGGACCCCUUGAAUGAAACGGUGGUGGCACUCUAUCAGAAAUCGUCAAUUAAGAUUCUGGCCAAUCUUUAUGCCAGCUUUGCAGCCUUAGAAGAUGCGGAAGGUGGCGGUGCUAAGAAGAAAGGAGCCAAGAAGAAGGGGUCAUCUUUCCAAACUGUUUCUGCACUUUUCAGGGAAAACCUGAAUAAACUGAUGUCCAACUUGCGUACAACUCACCCACACUUUGUGCGCUGCAUCAUCCCCAAUGAAACCAAAACUCCAGGUGCAAUGGACCACAAGCUGGUCUUACAUCAACUGAGAUGUAAUGGGGUGCUUGAAGGCAUUCGCAUCUGCAGGAAGGGAUUUCCAAACAGAAUCUUAUAUGGAGAUUUCAAGCAAAGAUACCGUGUUCUAAACGCUAGUGCUAUCCCAGAAGGCCAGUUUAUGGACAGCAGGAAAGCCUGUGAGAAACUGCUUGGAUCCAUUGAUAUUGAUCACACUCAGUACAAAUUUGGACACACUAAAGUGUUUUUCAAAGCUGGCUUGCUGGGCCUUCUGGAAGAAAUGAGAGAUGAUCGUCUGGCAUUGCUCAUUACUCGCACACAGGCUAUGUGCAGAGGAUACCUCAUGAGAAUGGAAUACCAGAAAAUGGUGGCGAGAAGGGAAGCUAUCUUCACCAUUCAAUACAACAUUCGCUCAUUCAUGAACGUCAAACACUGGCCCUGGAUGAAGCUAUUCUUCAAGAUUAAACCACUGUUGAAGAGCGCAGAGGCAGAGAAAGAGAUGGCUACAAUGAAAGAAGAGUUUGCGAAAACGAAGGAUGAACUUGCUAAAUCUGAAGCCAAACGAAAGGAACUGGAGGAAAAAAUGGUUUCACUGUUGCAAGAGAAAAAUGAUCUGCAGCUACAAGUACAAUCUGAAAGUGAAAGUUUGGCAGAUGCCGAAGAAAGGUGUGACCAGCUGAUCAAAACUAAAAUCCAGCUGGAGACUAAAAUCAAGGAGCUGACUGAAAGAGCAGAAGAUGAAGAAGAGCUGAAUGCAGAGCUGACAGCCAAGAAAAGGAAACUGGAAGAUGAAUGCUCAGAGCUAAAGAAAGACAUCGAUGAUCUUGAGUUAACAUUGGCCAAGGUUGAAAAAGAAAAGCAUGCCACAGAAAAUAAGGUUAAGAACCUAACAGAAGAAAUGGCAGUUUUGGAUGAAACUAUUGUGAAAUUAACGAAAGAAAAGAAAGCUCUCCAAGAGGCCCAUCAGCAAGCUCUUGAUGAUCUACAAGCUGAAGAAGACAAAGUCAACACUCUCACUAAAGCCAAAACAAAGUUGGAACAACAAGUUGAUGAUCUGGAAGGCUCCUUGGAACAGGAAAAGAAAAUCCGCAUGGAUCUUGAAAGAGCCAAGAGGAAGUUGGAAGGCGACUUGAAGCUUGCCCAGGAAUCUUUAAUGGAUCUAGAGAAUGAUAAGCAGCAGCUAGAAGAAAAACUGAAGAAGAAAGACUUUGAGUACAGCCAGCAACAGAGUAAAAUAGAGGAUGAGCAAAACUUGAAUAUUCAGCUGCAGAAGAAAAUCAAAGAACUGCAGGCUCGUAUUGAGGAACUGGAAGAGGAGAUUGAGUCUGAGAGAGCAAAUCGGGCAAGGGCAGAGAAGCAACGGGCAGAUUUGGCACGUGAACUGGAGGAAAUCAGCGAAAGGCUUGAAGAGGCUGGAGGAGCUACCUCAGCACAGAUUGAAAUUAAUAAGAAGCGGGAGGCAGAAUUCCAGAAAAUGAGGCGUGAUCUGGAGGAAUCUGCUCUGCAGCAUGAAGCUACCAUAGCAGCUCUCCGCAAGAAGCAUGCAGACAGUACGGCUGAACUUUCAGAGCAAAUUGAUAACCUACAGCGUGUUAAACAAAAGCUGGAGAAGGAAAAGAGCGAGUUCAAAAUGGAAAUUGAUGACCUGGCUAGUAACCUGGAGACUAUUACCAAGGCCAAGGCUAAUCUAGAGAAAAUGUGUCGAACACUGGAGGACCAGCUAAGUGAACUAAAGGCCAAAUCAGAGGAAAACCAGAGAUCAGUGAAUGAUUUAACUACUCAGAAAGCUCGUUUACAGGCUGAAUCAGGUGAACUGUCACGUCAAAUUGAAGAGAAGGAAAGCAUAAUAUCCCAGCUUUCCAGAAGCAAGCAAGCAUUUACUCAGCAAAUAGAAGAACUGAAGAGGCAGCUAGAGGAAGAAACCAAGGCAAAGAAUGCCCUGGCCCAUGCCUUGCAAUCUGCUCGCCAUGACUGUGACUUGCUCCGGGAGCAGUUUGAAGAGGAGCAGGAAGCCAAGAGCGAGCUCCAGCGCGCCCUCUCCAAGGCUAACAGUGAAGUGGCCCAGUGGAGGACCAAGUACGAGACAGAUGCCAUUCAACGCACAGAAGAGCUGGAAGAGGCUAAGAAAAAACUUGCUCAGCGUCUUCAGGAAGCGGAAGAGCAAGUUGAAGCUGUGAAUUCCAAAUGUGCUUCCCUGGAGAAAACGAAGCAAAGGUUGCAAUGUGAGGUGGAAGACUUGAUGGUGGACGUUGAGAGAGCAAACGCACAAGCAGCUGCUCUGGACAAGAAGCAAAGGAAUUUUGACAAGAUUUUGUCAGAAUGGAAGACCAAGUAUGAGGAGACCCAGUCAGAGUUGGAAGGUGCCUUAAAGGAAUCACGUUCUUUAGGCACAGAACUCUUCAAAAUGAAGAAUGCUUAUGAGGAAACAUUAGAUCAUCUUGAAACCAUCAAGAGAGAAAACAAGAACUUACAGCAGGAAAUAGCUGAUCUUACAGAACAAAUUGCUCAAAAUGGCAAAUAUAUUCAUGAACUCGAGAAGGCCAAGAAGCAGGUAGAGGUGGAAAAAUCUGACAUGCAGAUGGCUCUGGAGGAAGCAGAAGCAGCUCUCGAACAUGAAGAGGCCAAAAUUCUUCGCGUUCAGCUCGAGUUAACUCAGGUGAAAUCUGAGAUUGACAGAAAGAUUGCUGAAAAAGAUGAAGAAAUAGAUCAGUUGAAGAGGAACCAUCUCAGAACGGUGGAAACAAUGCAGACGGCUUUAGAUUCAGAAAUAAGGAGCAGGAAUGAGGCCAUACGGAUUAAGAAGAAGAUGGAGGGAGAUCUCAAUGAAAUGGAAGUUCAACUGAGCCAUGCCAACCGCCUUGCAGCAGAAACGCAGAAACAACUACGAAAUGUCCAAGGGCAACUCAAAGACACACAGCUGCAUUUGGAUGAAGCCCUCCGUGGCCAAGAAGAUCUGAAAGAACAAUUGGCCAUGGUGGAGCGCAGGGCUAACCUGAUGCAAGCUGAGAUAGAGGAGCUCCGGGCAGCUCUGGAACAGACAGAAAGAGGAAGGAAACUUGCUGAACAAGAGCUUCUUGAUGCCACCGAGCGUGUGCAGCUCCUCCACACACAGAACACAAGUCUCAUUAAUACAAAGAAAAAGCUGGAAGUGGAUAUUGCUCAACUUCAAGGUGAAGUGGAAGAUGCCAUUAAAGAGGCCAGAAAUGCAGAAGAGAAAGCAAAGAAAGCAAUCACAGAUGCGGCCAUGAUGGCUGAGGAGCUGAAGAAAGAGCAAGACACUAGUGCUCAUCUGGAAAGAAUGAAAAAGAAUCUGGAUCAGACAGUGAAGGAUCUGCAGCUUCGUCUGGAUGAGGCAGAACAGUUGGCCCUGAAAGGAGGGAAGAAACAGAUCCAGAAAAUGGAGGCCAGGAUCCGAGAGCUCGAGUCUGAACUAGAGGCAGAGCAGAAACGAGCCACGGAAGCCAUCAAAGGUAUUCGCAAAUAUGAACGGCGAGUCAAAGAACUGACUUUCCAGGGUGAAGAGGACAGAAAGAAUGUGAUUAGGCUACAAGAUCUGGUGGAUAAGCUUCAACUGAAAGUCAAAACCUACAAGAGACAAGCAGAGGAGUCUGAUGAACAGGCCAAUGUUCACCUCUCUAAAUUUAGGAAGGCACAACAUGAGCUGGAAGAGGCUGAAGAAAGAGCGGAUAUUGCAGAAUCUCAGGUCAAUAAGCUCCGAGUAAGGAGUAGAGAAAUGACAUCCACAAAGGUGGUAAUAGAAAGUGAAGAGUGAGUUCACUGAACUGAAGGCGGGAAUGUAUGCAAAAUGCAUAAUUUCCCCAAAGUUGAUGAUGGAAAACUAUAGAAAUCCUGUAAUCUUCCCUGAGCUAUCCUGAUAGAAAAUAAACUAUGCUAUGCAUAAA